UUCUUUCCUAUAACCCUCACAUCGCACGCGACUCUCUCUUUCUCUCAGUCGUCUCUUCUCUCUUUUUUCAUUUUUCUUUUCGUUUUUGACCUAAGAGGCUGCGGCGCCUCUCUCUCUCGACCCGCCUCCCUCAGAUCUUCAAUCCUCGCAUAGCAACAGCACCAGAACCAUCUCUCUUCUGUUUUCUCUACUUCGGUCCUCUCACUCUCAGUCGAUCAGUCCGCCAGCGCGCCGCCUCUCACUCUCAGUCGAUCAGUCAGCCACCGCAUAGCACCUGCAUGCAGCGGCAGUCUCAGUUUCUGAUCGCCGACAACAUCUGUUCCUUUCCUGCGAUUUCUUCUGUGGGUUUCUCUCUCAUAUCAGUCAAAGCAUCUCUGUUGCUGAGCUUUGAAAGUUUCGAAAAGCUUUUGCUUAAAUGGAGGAUUACGGGGUUGAAGAGGUCCAGUCCAGAGAAGACGUUUUUAUCACCUCGCAACUCCAGAAGCCCAUGGUUUCCUCUCGAGGAGAGCCUAAUGGCAGUCCUGGUGGCAGGGCUACUGCGAUGAAUUCCAAACAGUUAAAUUUGUCAAGAAAUGGAGACGAAAGCAUUCAACCUGAACAAUCAAGCUCUUGCAGGAAUUGGACAGUAAAUGGGGCUAAUGGGGUUAAAGAAGAAAGCUCUCUUGACAUUGAUCCCGCUGCGUGUAAAGGUGAUACUUUCUGCAACACCUCUGAAAAAGGUAUAGUGCAGAGUAAUGCAUCUACAACUGAUGAGAUGUCUGGAGUUAGCAAACAAGACAAUUCCAAUGAAAGAUUAGCCAAUUAUAAUUCACCACCCCCUGCGUUGGAGCAAAGUAAUGGACGAACUAAUCUGAAAAACUCAUCAGGGCUUAGUCCUACUCCCUCCAGGCCCGAUGAGUUACUUUCAUCGACGGUGAGAUUUGACAGGAUCCUCGACCUUCCGGAUGGAAUUCCCUGGAAAAUCGUGUCUCACCUCUCGGCAAAUGACAAGAUGUCCACAACCUGCCUGUCCAAAGAGUGGCAAACAUUUUGGAGACUCGGUUCAAGUGAUGAUUAUUUUGCAGCCUCUGAAUCCGCCUUUUGGAAGGAUGUGAAUGAAGAACUAAAUCAUACUUCUUUGCUCAGUUUCAAGUUGAGGUGUUCGAAGUAUGCAACACUCAAGCAGUUGGAAGAUUUCAUUCAUGCCGUCAUUAAAAAAAUGGUGGUUGUCUUGGACAUAUCAGUUGUCAGGCACGAAAAUUCGGAAUUUUCUUUACCGUUGGAGGUGUUUCAAAGCAUAGAUAUAAAGGUACUGAAAAUAGGUCGAGGACUCAUAAUUGAUAUCCCUCCCGAAACUUACCCGAGAUUGCAUAAAAUACAUGUUGACAUAUCUCGGCCAUUACACCCAUCCAUACUAGGAUUUUACAACAGGUGUCCAAUGCUUCAAGAAUUGCGGAUCGAAGGGAGUGUGGUGGAACAGCCGUCAAGGAAACAGACUUUCUUGGUAAAUUCUGUUAGCCUUAAGAGGCUAGUUAUCAGACUUAAUCUUAAAAAAGGACGAGAUCCUCAUAAUGGUCGAGAUGUGUACUGGUCUGCUGUCAAUCGUUAUGAAUUUCAUAUUCAUGCACCAGGACUGAAAUUUCUUGAUAUUGAUGAGACUGUAUUUGCUACUUUCGAGAUCAACGAGUUACCCAUCCUUCAAGAAGCGAGAUUUAAUAGUGGAUUUUUCGAGGCAAGAGAUUAUCUUAGUGAUAAAGAACUUGGGGAUCUUUCGAGUAGAGUAUUUUCUACUUUUACUAUGGUAGCAUCAAUGUCCAAGUCGAUUAUUGUGAGAGAUGGAUGUCUUGAGGCACUCGGUUUCAUGUUUAAGAGGAUGUGUUACUCUGUUAAUGAAAUGGCAGCUGUGAACUCUUUUGCAACUAGAUUUCUUCCAAUCCCCGUCACAAGAACGAUUAGCUUGGAGAUUGGACACAACUAUGCCUGGGAUUUCCUGCCCUGCAUGCUUAGUGCAACACCUCACUUGAAGAUAUUGAAACUCAGAAUGGUCCGGAGAAAAGAUGUGGAAGGCAAUAUCAACUUUGCUUGGAAUUCCAGAUCAAGAAUUAUGCCAAUUUGUUUGAUGGAUAGCGUGGAAGACAUUGAACUCCACGGGUUCAGUGGAGGAGAAGUUGAUAUGAUACUUGCUUAUAUUAAGCAUGUUGCAGGAAAAGACCGCUUCAAAGCUCUCUCAAAGAGAAUUAAUUUAUUUUAAUUUUUUUUUUGUUAGUGAGAUUCAAUUUGCUGAGAUAGAAACGCAUGAGCUUCCUUUUGUUUUCACUUUAGUUAGAUCGUUCGGCAAGUAAACGCAUAGAUACUUAUGUGAGGUAGCAUAAGAUAGCUAAUAAAAAUAGACACUCCGGAUGCAACAAAAUUCGACAUGUGUUGAUUAAACUUCAA